AUGGCGAUUUUCGACGUCAGAGAGCAGAACAAAGUCCAGGAUUCAGUUUCGAUGGUUGAGGACCAAGACCAAAUGGAGAAUCACGAUGAACCGCUUAGUAAAUUCAAGGUCGAAACGAAUAACCGGUUUUGGAGUGUCGGCUCUAAACUAGUGGUCUGUCGAAAGUUCAUCAACGAUAAGUUGGCAAAGUCUGAAAACGUCAACAGGAUCGCUUUCUAUAACAAACUCAAGUGCUUAGCUAAUAAUGAAAAAGUGACUAGUUCAUGUGAACUCAACAGACAAUUAAGUCAAGAGGAGGUAUUAUGGCAAAGCGAACUUAAAGACUUAAUAUGGUUAGAAUUGCGUGCCAGGCUAACUGAUCGGACUAUAAUGAGUCAAGACAAGUAUCUGUGCGAAGAGAGAAAAAAUAUUUGCUAUCUCCUUGAUGAAAUUAUAAACUUCAGUUUUAGAUUUGAUCAAUUACAUUCAAAAACAUCACCAACUUGCGAAGAAUCGAAUAAUUGUUCAGAUGAAGAUAUUGGUCAAUGUUCAUGUCGCAGUGGAUGUCUUGGACUAUUUUGUGCUCGAUGUAUUGAACAACAAAAUCUAGCUCUUUGCCAAGUACAAAAACUUAUGGAACGAUUAGAGUAUGCUGAAUCUUUAUUUCCAUCUAGCCGAGCAUUUGCGGUACAAUAUCCUUUAUUUAAAAGUCCAGAAUUCACUAAUAGAGUUAAGGCAAUGUGUGUGUGGUACAAUAUGACAAAGAGACAGCGAUUGAUGUUGUUAAUUUUAGGCAGACAUUUAAUGAAAGAAGAAGAAGUGGAGUUGGAGCCAUUAAAUCAUUUGAUGGCAACUAGUAGUUGCAGCUCAGGUUCCCCCAGUGUAUCCAAUGAUAGUGGCAAAGGUUCAUUAACACCUUCUCCUAGAACUAGUAUUGAAAAUUUUGAAUUCAAAUUCAAAAGAUCUACUGUGAAUUAUCGUGAACCAAUAUCAUAUAAAGAUCUCGAUUUAUAUAACACCCAGCCUAUAGCUCAUCUUAGACAACAUUUUUUCCCCUACACAAUAGGAAUAAAUUCAUCUUGCUAUGCUUCUCAAACUUAUAGGCAAUUUAUUGCUGGUGUAUUAAAGACUAAAGGUUUAAGAAAAGCAUUAAAAUUUCUUGAUGAAUUAUACAAAAAUGUAUUGCGUAAAGCACAUUUAACUCUUAAAGAAGAAUCAGCAGUGGAAGACGAUUCUAAACAUGAUGUACCUCAUGAUGAAGAAUUAUUGCGUUAUGGUUAUUGGAGUCAAGAAUCAAAGGAAUUGAACUUACCAUCUUAUAGAGCUACAUUUAUUUUUUUAUCUCGUAUUCCAUUGGAUCUAAUACAUGCUUAUCUUCGUAUGAGACUUGAUACUAGACCAGAAAAACCUUCAAUAAUGAGCAUCAGACAAUUGACUUGCGAGCUAAAGGAAGGUUUAAUGUUGGCUGUAGUACACAGGAGACGUUUUGUUCGUCAUAUACAAUCAACAUUAUGGUCUGAUACAGAAAUUGGUAUGAAAAUAUUCAAAGAACGUAUAAGCCAUUUUGACGAGUGUACCAAAAUUGUUUUGGAAGUUUAUUUGGGGUAUAUGGAACAAUGGGUAGUGAUGAUGGGAUAUUGUAAAGCUCAAAAAAAUAUGCUGGAAGAAGAAUGGAAUGAUAUGAAAGUUAUAAUUCCUCAUAUUCCAGAUGGUAUGACAACGGUCACAAAAACUUUUUGCGAAAUUGCCAAACACAUGUUGGAAACAAUAUUAAAACAUUUCAAGGACCAAACUCAUAAUCAAAUAAAAAUGAUAGUACAAAAUGUUGAUCAUUCUCAAACCAAGCAAAACUUAUUAGCCAUAUGCAGAGAAUUACAAAAUUUAUUAAGCUUAUUCAGAGAAAAAUCUUUUCUUGUGAUGUCAUUAGUUAAAAAUUUAUGUAAAGAUAUGAUCGAACAGUAUAAAAAGGAUAAAAUGAAUAAUGUGAAGUUUGAUGGUCCUUUAUCUCCAAUUUUGACUACAAUGAUACCUUUAAAAGAAAAAUUGUUAGAAGUUUGUCGGUGUAUUAUAGAAAUAAUUACAUCAUUAGAGGAAGCAGCUGAUACUUGUAACAGUGAUAUUGACGAUAUAACAUUAGCCCCUCGUAUUCGAGAAGUCUUGCAUCAGAUGUAUAAAUUUGGAUUUGAGUAUCAUAAAGAAGCUAACAAAAUGAUGUGUGGUCCGUAUAAAGACCAAGCCACUCUAUACAAUGUAUCUAUUUCAAAGCGUUGGAUAAAUUUUGUACACAAACGAUGUGAACCCGGUCGAGGUUUAAAGCCCAAAUGGGCAAAUAAUGGAGUAGAUUUUUUACUCAGUGUAUGUGAACCUCAGAACGUUGCUGGACUUAGUGAUGUGGAUUUUAAGAAUUUUAAGAAUUUGAUAGAAAAUUGUGUAGUUUAUAUUAUUGGAAAAUUGGACGAUGGUGGUUCUUUUCCAAACCCCAGUGUAAUACAAAAAAAGCGUCAUUCUUCCGCAAUUGAAGGGAGGAAUAAAAUUUUGAAGACUGAAAAAACUUUUAAAAGUGAUAUUGAGAGAAAUGUACGGGUCAUGGAUGCUAUUAAUAAACUAGAUCAUCAAUUAGAAGAGAAAUUGCGAUCACAAGAGUUAAUUGGUCACAUUCGACACGAUUAUAAUAUCGAACGUAUUGAGUAUGUUCGUCCUCGUCCUGUACAUUUUAGUUGGCAAAGGGGCAUAAAAAUUGGACAAGGCCGUUUUGGUAAGGUAUACACAGCCGUUAAUAAUGAAACUGGAGAACUGAUGGCUAUGAAAGAAAUACAAUUGCAACCUUUUGAUCACAAUGCCAUCAGAAAUGUAGCUGUUGAGUUAAGGAUAUUUGAAGGCAUCGCUCAUGAACAUCUUGUUAGAUAUUAUGGCGUUGAAAUUCAUAGGGAGGAGAUGCUCAUAUUUAUGGAAUUGUGUGCUGAAGGGACAUUGGAAAAUUUAGUCGCAGCCACAGAAAGUGGACUACCAGAAGCUCUCUUACGUAGAUUUACUAAACAGUUGGUUAGUGGAGUGGACAUUUUACAUCAGCACGCCAUCGUUCAUAGAGAUAUUAAAAGUGCAAACAUCUUUUUGACUGAUGAAGGCAACUGUUUGAAACUGGGCGAUUUUGGUUCAGCAGUAAAAAUGAAAGCGCAUACCACAAUUCCGGGAGAACUUAAAGGGUUUGUUGGAACACAAGCGUACAUGGCACCAGAAGUUUUUAUGAAAUCUAACACGGAAGGACAUGGUAGAGCCGCAGAUAUUUGGUCAAUAGGAUGUGUGAUAAUUGAAAUGGCUUCAGGCAAAAGACCGUGGCACGAGUAUGAUUCUAACUACCAAAUCAUGUUCAAAGUGGGCAUGGGAGUCUUGCCAACUGUACCGGACACACUGUGCGAUGAGGGCCAACAGUUUGUCGACAGUUGUCUACAACAUGAUCCAUACUUAAGAGCGACUAUUUCGGAACUACAAGAACAUAACUUUAUCAAAGUUAUGCCCGAGGAGUGUGUUUCCUGUCGAAUAUCUUCAACUGCAAUGCUGGAGGAAUACAUAAAAUUGGGUUUUAAACGAUAG